AUGUCUGAUUCUGCAGUUGCAACGUCCGCUUCCCCAGUGGCUGCCCCGUCAGUGUCAGUUGAGAAGAAGGUGGCCACCAAGAAGGCAUCUGGAUCCGCUGCCCCAAAGGUGAAAAGGGCUGCUGCCCCGCCAUCGCAUCCGCCAACUCAACAAAUGGUGGACGCAUCCAUCAAGAAUUUGAAGGAACGUGGCGGCUCAUCGCUUCUGGCAAUUAAGAAAUACAUCACUGCCACCUAUAAAUGCGAUGCCCAGAAGCUGGCUCCAUUCAUCAAGAAAUACUUGAAAUCCGCCGUGGAUCCGAAGCCGAAGCCUGCGUCUGCUGAGAAGAAGGUGAAAAGCAAGAAGGUAGCCGUCAAGAAGACCGGAUCCACCGCCAAGAAAGCUGCCGCCGGAGCUGACGAGAAGAAGCCCAAGGCUAAGAAGGCUGUUACCACCAAAAAGACCGCAGAGAAGAAGAAAACCGAAAAGGCAAAGGCCAAGGAUGCCAAGAAAACUGGAACCGUAAAGGCGAAGCCAACAGCAGCGAAGGCCAAGUCGAUCGCAGCGAAGCCAAAGGCGGCGAAAGCACCAAAGGCCAAGCCAGCGGCGUCUGCUAAGCCCAAAAGGCGGUGA